CGCGCGCCGCUCGCGUUUGUUUACACGCAUAGCGUUAGCGUCGUACAGAGUGUCAUAUCGGUGUCUGGAGAGCUGCAAGAUGAUGAGAGUACAACCAGAACGCGAGGAAGUGAAGCUUUCCUCCUCGCCUCCUGACAAGCCCAAGCUAAUGGAAGGGGGUAACUAUAUCCGCGAGGGUCGCGACUCCAGCAAGUCCACGUGGCUGCUGUUCUCCCCCGCGACUCCUGAUGAAGCCGGCGCACUCGCCAAGUUCCUCAGUGUGUUCUCCUCACAUGGAGUCAAUCUAAUGCACAUCGAGUCGCGCUCCUCCGCCAGGCGGCCGGGGUACGAGUUCAUGGUGGAGUGCGAGCACGGGGCUGGAGACUUCGGGGCAGCACUCGACGAGCUCAAGAAUAACGUUGGCUACUUGAACAUCAUCUCUAGAAACUAUAAAGACAACAGAUACGCGGUGCCAUGGUUCCCUCGACGUAUUCGUGACUUGGACAGAUUUGCCAACCAGAUCCUGUCUUACGGCGCGGAGUUAGACUCCGACCAUCCCGGCUUCACUGACCCGGAGUACAGAGCUCGGCGCAAGUACUUCGCGGACAUCGCAUACAACUACAAGUACGGGCAGCCGCUGCCGCAUGUCGAUUACACCGAGCAGGAGAUCGCCACCUGGGGCGCCGUGUUCAGAAAGCUCACCGAGCUGUACCCCACACACGCAUGCAAGGAGCACAACCACGUUUUCCCGCUGCUCAUUGAGAACUGCGGCUACAGGGAGAACAAUAUCCCACAGCUGGAGGACGUGUCCAACUUCCUCAAAGACUGCACAGGCUUCACUCUACGGCCGGUAGCCGGGCUCCUGUCCUCGCGCGAUUUCCUGGCGGGGCUAGCGUUCCGCGUGUUCCACAGCACGCAAUAUAUCAGACACCACUCGCGCCCCCUCUACACCCCGGAGCCCGACGUGUGUCACGAGCUGCUGGGCCACGCUCCUCUGUUCGCAGACCCGGCCUUCGCACAGUUCUCACAGGAGAUUGGUCUCGCCUCACUGGGAGCGCCUGAUGAUUAUAUUGAGAAACUUGCCACCUGCUUUUGGUUCACGGUGGAGUUCGGUCUGUGCCGGCAAGAGGGUAAAUUGAAAGCGUUCGGUGCUGGCUUAUUGUCAUCAUUCGGAGAGCUGCAGUACUGCCUUUCCGACCAGCCAGAGCUUCGGGAGUUCGACCCUGACACCACUGGUGACACCAAGUACCCUAUAACGGAAUACCAGCCGGUCUACUUUGUGGCGAACAGCUUUGAGGAUGCUAAGGAGAGAAUGAUAAAAUUCGCUCAAAAGAUUCCCCGUGACUUCGGUGUCCGCUACAACCCUUACACGCAGAGCGUGGACAUCCUGGACUCGCCGCGACAGAUGAAGGACCUACUGCGGGAGGUGCACCAGGAGAUGAAUCUGCUCCUCAACGCCAUGGACAAGCUAUAGAGCCAGGGACCUGGUGCCGGUGGUUCCGUGCUCACGGUGUUGUGGCCUGGCUGGACCGACACAACGCUACGCCAUUCCACCUGACCUGACCAAUCUUACUGUCACGACACUUGAUUCAUUUCACAUUGUUGUUGACUAUUUUUGGAAUUAUCAUAUUAAAUUGCAUGAUCUAAAUUAUGAAAUAAGUAUAUCCUCUAUCAUUUGGUACUAUGUAUAGGUAUUAUAGGUACGUAAGUACCUACUUGUUGAUAAAUAUGUUGGGUGCGAUAUAGUUUACAUGAAGUAUCGCGCCGCUGUUGUAUCAAUAAUUCUAUUUGUUUUUGUAACGUAUUGUAUAUAACUGAUUUCUAUUAAGUUAUCUUUAGUUAAUUGUAAGUUUAAGUUUAGGUUAAUACGAUUGAUAAUAAAAAUAUUGUUAAUAA